AUGAAUACCCGCCAAGCUAUCAACGAGCGGCGGCGGCCCGUUGCUUUGUCGGCUUCAUUCAAUACAGGAGCCUCCCACUUUGCUGUCGCUUUGGAGUCGGGCUACCGCAUCUACGAUUCUGCGGAUGGGAAGCCUGUCAAGGAACGGUCAAUAGGGGGCGGCGUUGGAAGCGUAGCAUUGUUGAACACGACGCGCUAUCUCGCCCUCGUCGGCGGCGGCCAGCGUCCGAAAGCCGCACCGAACAAGGUCGUCAUCUGGGACGACAAGCAACAAACCGCCGCCUUCCUCUUCACAUACCCGUCUCACGUCCAUUCAGUCUGCCUAACAAAGACCCAUACCGCCAUAAUCCUCCACAACCGCGUCCAUCUCUUCACCUUCGCCGUCCCCCCACGUAAGAUCGGGCAAUGGGAAACAGCCGCCAACCCCUGCGGCCUCUGCUGGCUGGGCGACCGCAUCAUCGCCUUCCCCGGCCGCACCGCAGGCCAGGUCCAGAUCGUCGACCUCGCCACCCGCGCCGUCAGCAUAAUCCCCGCACACACCUCUCCUCUGCGCGCCCUGGCCCUCUCGCCCGACGGCACGCUCCUCGCCACCGCUAGCGACAAGGGCACCAUCAUCCGCGUCUUCGCGACAGCCAACUGCGCCAAGAUGCAUGAGUUCCGCCGCGGCAUCGAUCCAGCGACUAUCUUCUCCGUCGCCAUCUCACCCUCGAGUAGCUUGCUCGCCGUCACGUCCGACAAAUCGACCCUGCACAUCUUCGAGCUGCAGCAUGCGUCGCGUCCCGCUGAAGCCGCACCAGCAGGCGGCCGCACCGUCUCUCCCGGCCACCUGGGUGGUUCGCCCAGCGAGUGGGAGACCGUCGACGCGGAGCAGCCCGCCGAGUCAAGGCCGCGAUGGGGUGGGCUGGCGAAUAUACCCAUGAUGCCGCGCGUGUUUUCGGAUACGUACUCCUCUGCGUCAACGAGGUUUGAGAUGGGGGAUGAGCCUGCGCUGCUGAGUCAGGUGGCCUCCUCAUCCUCCUAUGCACAGAGACCGCCAAAGGGCGUCAUUGGGUGGCGGAGCGACAGUGAGCUCAUCGUUAUUGGAGCGGGUCAGGACAAUCGGUGGGAGAGGUUUAGAGUUGGCUUUGGUGAUGAUGGGCAGAGGGUUGUGUUUAGGGACGGAUGGAGACGGUAUUUGCGUUAG